ACCGAAUAGGCUCAGUUAUCCGGCAUUUAUCCGUGCAAACUAGAGCGGCCGCGGCGCGUGGUGGUGAUUUCUAAGCAACCCGGUAGACAGGAGCCGUCUUGGCGUCUUGGCGAGGAAAAGACUGGAGGAUCGCGAUCUAGUGGAAAUCGCGGCCCGGAAGUCUCUCCUGUAUCCACAAGUCCAAGAUCAAGGCGACCGGCGGUAUGAGUAAAGACUGCGGGAUAUGUGGGAUUUAUCCCAAAUGGUUGCGAAAUCGGGCCACCCCAAGAAACUUCAUCGCGGUCUACGGUCUGCUAGGCACCGUCCAGGCGAUGGCCUUCAUUUACAUCGUUGUCACCUUGACGACUCUCGAGAAGAGAUUCAAGAUACCCAGUCGUACGACUGGGCUGAUUCUUUCGGGUAACGAGAUCUCGCAGAUCUUGUCUCUGAUCUUGACCUACUACGGAGGAUCUAGUCAUCGGCCGAGAUGGAUCGCGGUUGGAGUCGGCUUGAGCGCAUUGUCCUGUCUCGUGUUGGCCCUACCGCACUUCAUAUACGGCCCCGGGAAGGAUGCCUUGGCAUUGACGAAAGAGUAUCUGGAUCAGACCCUGUUGAAUAUGACAAGCAUCCCGAACGAUCUCACAAUUUGUUCACACACGGACCAACCGGAACAAUGCGACGCCGAAACUAUGUUGAGCGUCAGUCUUCUCCCGCGACUGUUAGUUUUCAUCUCCCAAUUUAUUCUCGGUAUCGGGACUACUCUUUAUUAUGGUCUGGGACAGACGUACCUGGACGACAACACGAAGAAGAAAAAUACACCUAUGCUCUUAGGCUUUACCUUUGCUUUACGCACCGUGGGUCCGGCGAUCGGAUUUCUGUUGGGCUAUGCUUGUUUAAGUUUAUACAUAGACCCAAAGCUCCAUCCCGUUAUUACGCAAAAGGAUCCGCGAUGGUUAGGCGCGUGGUGGCUCGGAUGGAUCAUUUUGGGUGUUACAAUGGGUAUGUUCGCCGUUUUGAUCGCUAUGUUUCCACGUGAUCUUCCUAAAUCGGAGGAUACUCCCAAGGAGGAUGGCGAAAUACCUUUGAGGCAGGAUUUAAUGCUGCAACAGAAGCCACCGAUACCGAUGGAACCCACAAAGCCGAUUCCUCUGGAGGCUGAAUACAUACCGACCAUUCGUGAAUUUCCAAAGGCCAUGAAACGAGUACUAACUAACUGGCUGCUAACUUGCAAUAAUUUAAGCGCCGUAUUUUAUAUACUCGGCGCUUCGGCCUAUAUCACAUUCUUAGCGAAAUAUCUUGAAGUUCAAUUCAGCACAUCCGCAGCUACCGGCACUGUAAUAACAGGUCCCAUAUCACUAAUCGGUAUGGUAUUAGGAUUCUUAUUAUCGGGAUUAGUAAUCAGCAAGUUUAAACCGGGUCCCAGGCCGCUCCUCGCGUGGAACGUAUUUGUCGGCAUUUGCUUCGUCGCGGGACAAGUGUCCUUCAUGUUUUUCGGAUGCUCGGACGCAGGAAUUCGCGGCGUAGAUUUAGAAACCAUGCAAAUGAAUUUGACUGCUGGUUGCAACGCCGAUUGCAAUUGCGCGAGUGUGAAAUAUUCGCCAGUUUGUCAUGAACCGUCAAAGACGACUUUUUUCUCCGCUUGCCACGCGGGUUGUCGAACGAUUCUAGAUGACAAGCAGUUCGGGAAUUGUAGUUGCCUGCCGUUAAGCGAAUCGGAGCAAGUCGGUGGCCACUUCGAGUAUCUUAGCUCCGGUAAAUCAUCCUUUAUUCCGGGGCAGCAGAUGCAUCUGCUUGAUUCGCAAGCGUUCCCCGCGGUUUUCGACAAGGUCAGAGCGGGACCGUGCAUCAGCGACUGCAAAGGGCAAUAUUUGUAUUUCAUGGUGCUCACUUGUGUGAUCCAUACGCUAGCCUGCUCCGGCAAAAUCGGUAAUGUCUUGGUGAACUACAGAAGCGUUGAAAAGAGGGAUAAGAGUUUUGCUCAGGGCGUCACACUAAUGAUGGUUUCGUUGCUGGCUCUAAUUCCGGGACCAAUUAUCUACGGAGCCAUCAUCGACUCGACCUGUUUAAUAUGGGAGGAAUCCUGCGGAACCAGGGGAAACUGUUGGUUUCAUCACCGGGAAAAUUUUCGAUACUUGGUGAACAUCUCGUCGGCCGGAUUUUCCACGAUAGGAGUACUAUUCGAUGCUGUGGUUUGUUAUCUCGGCAAGGAUUUGGAUCUAUAUGGCGCCGCGGAAAAUGACAAGAGGCGCGAGUUGGUGAAGGAAGAUAUCGCGAUUAAUAACACGAUUGAUAAGAAAAAAGAAGCGAAUGGAAAUUUAAACCAGAGGAUAGAGCAUAGUCAUCUAUAACACUUGCGGUCAAGUAGGGUUUUGUGUAUUUUUCUAGGUACCUGAAAUUUACAUAUUCCGGAUUUUUCGACUUUGACUGACGCUGAACAUCCCGACAAUUAAUAAAUAAAACAAUAAUUCUAUUAGAUGACAGCUAAUUGUGUAAAUAAUGACAUAAUGCAUUUUAAUUGUUGCAUUUUUAAGAUUCUAAAGGAAUCGAAAGCUGGAAGCUGUGUUACAAUUGUUACAAUUUUGUUGUUAAACUUUUAUUUCAAAAUCAUGCUUGUUCCUACAUCUUUGUAAAUAAACUAUAAAUAUUUUUGUUAGAA